AUGGUGUUGGUCAACAGCGGCGCCCGGCAACCGCCAGCGGCCAUCGUCCGGUUCGUGGUCCACGGAACUCUGGCGUGGCUGUACUUCCACGUCAUGUGGAUGGCCGGCUCCGUGGACUGGGACUCGAUCGUGUUCCCGACCAUCAGCGAAGUGGGAAAGUUCAUGUCGUUCAUGCUUACGAUGUGGACGCUAAUCAUGCAUUUAGGAUUUUUCACGAUAGCUACAAUAUUGGAUUUCUUUGAAUUGAUGCCAAAGUCGGUCAUUAUCGAAAAAUUGGUCAACAAAAUUCGAGAGGUUAAUGACUUCUUUUUCAUGACUGUGAUGCUGCCAAUAUCUAUAUGCGUGUGUAGCGGCUUUUGGUCUGCAUGGGUAUUAUUUAACGACAUUAUUUAUCCAUCAGCUGUAAACAAUGUCAUACCUGUAUUUAUCAAUCACGUGUCACAUACAACUCCUAUUUUCGUUGUGUUUAUUGAAUUGUGUCUCUGUUACCAUGCAUCGCCGAGAGUGAAAUCCGCCAUUGCCAGUCUCGUUACCGUUGAAACUAUUUACCUAUUUACGAUGAUCAUGUUGCGAAUUCAACACGGCAGAUGGGUGUACUUAGUGAUCGACAUUUACGUAAACACGAUUCCAAAAUUUGUCUUUGUGUUUUCGUUCCUUAGUUACAUCGUACCUAUUAUCUUCUUGGUCAGUUGUCUCAGAUUGAAUAACUAUAUCUGGGGUUUAAAAACUAGCAGACGCGUUUCCAAAGACGUUUCUUUCCAACGUAAUAAAAAAAUUACGUGA